CCAUCUCCUCUCUCUCACUCUCUCUCUCUCUCUCAAAAUCCCAGCUUCGAAUCCAUGGCUCGAUUACCAUCAUCAUUUUUAAUUUCUGUGUUGAUCAUCCUGUGGCUACAAACAUCAGAUGUUGUUGCAAGGACAUUCACAAUGGAGAACAAGUGCGACUACACAGUGUGGCCGGGAAUUCUCACCAACGCCGGCGUCUCACCUCUUCCUACCACCGGCUUCGCCCUCGCAAAUGGCGAAACGAAAACUAUCUCCGCCCCAGCUUCUUGGGGCGGCCGCUUCUGGGGCCGAACCCUCUGCUCCCACGACUCCGUCGGCAAAUUCUCCUGCCUCACCGCCGACUGCGGCUCAGGAAAAUUAGAAUGCUCAGGCAACGGAGCCACCCCGCCCGCCACUCUCGCUGAGUUCACACUUGACGGCGCCGGUGGGCUUGAUUUCUUCGACGUCAGCCUCGUGGACGGGUACAACCUCCCUAUGCUGGUGGUCCCCAAUGGCGGCACUGGGACCAACUGUACGAACACCGGCUGCGUUACCGACCUCAACACCAGGUGUCCUUCCGAGCUCAAGGUCACCAGUGCCGACGGAGCUGAAGCAGUCGCGUGCAAGAGCGCGUGCGAGGUGUUCGGCCAGCCGGAGUACUGUUGCAGCGGCGCGUACGGUUCUCAGGACACUUGCAAGCCCUCUCAAUAUUCUCAGAUUUUCAAGAGCGCGUGCCCGUACGCAUACAGUUACGCUUACGACGACAAGAACAGCACCUUCACAUGCGCCGGUGGCGACUACACCAUCAUCUUCUGCCCAUCGCCUAGCACCAGUGAGAAAGAGUCACAGAACAACACACAGCCGCAGCCGACAAGUACACCGCUAUCGGCAACCACCUCAACCUCGCCGCAGGAGAUAAACAACACAAUGAAGUACGAAUGUGGCUCAAACGAUUCAUUUUCGGAAGUGUCGAUUCACACAUGGAUCCAUAUGUGUCCGUAACAUGGACCCAAACCCAAUUCAGGUCGUGAACCCUUCAACUUUCCUUUUUUGACCAUUUUAAUUUUGCGGCCGUGGUCAAAUUAUAUGAAGGAAUAAUGGGAUGAGGAUAAUGUAAAUAAUAAAGCUUUUAGAAUUUUGAUUAUUCAAAUAUGUGGAUGGUUAUGCAUAAGAUGUCCUUAAUCAUUCACCUUCUUUGUGUUUAAUAUUAACGUUUGAGAAGUGAUUUUCGCAAUCCCUCUCUAUCAAUCACCACAUUUUAUAUUUUCAUGAAAAAUUAUGUCAAUUAUCGCAGUUUCUUUUGACCA